AUGGCCGACUCAGCACCAGCUGCUCAAAUAGUCCCAUUAGAAGAUAAUCCACGUCGCGGAAGAGGGGGCCGCCGUGGAGGACGGGGAAGAAGGGGUCAUGGUCAUGGACAGCCGAGGUCACGACCCGCGCAAGACGGAGAGCAAACUCAAACAACACCAUCAGAACCUAUUGUUAGCUCUGCGAGUAAUCCGGCGCCAUCCAAUGUUCCCCCCAGUGGGGCUCCGGAUGCGGCUCAUCGCGAAGGAGAGCAGUCAGGGAGGGGUAGGGGAGACAGAGGGAGACGAGUGGGUAGGGGCCGAGGGAGAGGAUGGUCUGGCCAGAGGUCGGUGGUAGUUUCGCAUAGGGGAGGCCGCCGUCAACUUCCUCCGGGGUUGGCAGGGCCUUCUCAAGAAGGGGAGUCGCGUGCUUCGGGUACGGACUUGCGGCCUGCUGCCCCGGAGUUUGUCCCUGGCCAGUCAGUCCCAGCUCCCAGCCCCGAGCCGACUGCACAACAGCUUACACCAAAGCCACCGAAGCCACCAAAGGCCCCAAGAGUGACGACCAAGUCUUCGGCAGAGGACCUGCCGACGAGAAUCCACGAGGAUAUUGACAACAAGCAGUACGAGUGUGUCAUCUGCACCAACGAUGUGCUGCGGAACUCCAAGAUCUGGUCGUGUGCCAUUUGCUGGACCGUUAUUCACCUUUCGUGCGUAAAGAAAUGGUAUGCGAACCAGAUGAAGGAGAAGCAAGAGAAUCCAAGGCCUAACCAGCCAGAGGGCUGGAGAUGUCCUGGGUGCAAUUCUCAGCUGAUCGACCCUCCGGGGUCAUAUCACUGCUGGUGCGGCAAAGACUUCGACCCAAAGCCGAUUCCGGGACUGCCGCCUCACAGUUGUGGCCAGACUUGCUCGAAGCCCCGCGCUACGUGCCCGCAUCAAUGUUCCUUGCUCUGCCAUGCCGGUCCUUGCCCGCCAUGCAACCUAAUGGGGCCGCCCCAAAUGUGCUUCUGCGGUAAGAAUACGUCUACAAAACGAUGCGUCGACACCAACUACGGCAGGGGAUGGAGCUGCGGGGAGCUAUGUGGCGAUCUGCUGCCUUGCGGAGAGCACACCUGCUCCCAGCCCUGCCAUCCCGGGCUUUGCGGUGCUUGUGAGAUCCUCGUGCCGUCGGUUUGCUACUGCGGCAAGGAGCGGCGCGAGAUCCCUUGCAACCAGCGCGAUGAUAUCCUGGAGUCCUUUAAUUGGGGUCAGUUGCCGGCGAAGGAAGAGGAAUUGCUGGAGUUAUCGAAGUGGUUUGAUGGCUCGUUCCAAUGCGGCAGUAUCUGCGGUCGUCCUUUCGACUGUGGGCAUCACUCCUGCCAGAAGCCGUGUCAUCCCCAGGACGAAGAGGUUGCGCAUUGCCCUUUCUCUCCUGAUGUUGUCACUCAUUGCCCAUGCGGCAAGACACCAUUGGCGUCACUGUCCACGGAGCCGAGGACAUCAUGUCUCGAUCCGAUCCCUCGUUGCAACAAGCCUUGCAACAAAGUGCUAGCUUGUGGGCAUCGGUGUCAGGCCGAGUGUCACACCGGCUCUUGCCCGCCAUGCUCCCAGAUCGUCGAUAUCGCCUGCCGUUGUGGCAAGACAACGGCGAAGUCGGUUUGCCACCAGGGCGAAGUCGUCGCCCCACACUGCUUCCGCAUCUGCAAGGCCCAGCUCAACUGUGGCCGUCACGAGUGUGGACAGCGGUGCUGCCCGGGCGAGAAGAAGGCUGCCGAGCGGCGCAAGCAAAAGCGUACCGGCGCCAAUGAGAACUAUGAGCCUGAACAUAUUUGUCUUCAGGUGUGUGGUCGCCCACUGAAAUGCGGACAGCAUAACUGCCAGCAGCUCUGCCACAAGGGGCCGUGCAUGUCGUGCCCUGAAGCCAUCUUCGACGAGAUUAGCUGCCACUGUGGCCGGACAGUCCUCCAGCCGCCCCAGCCCUGCGGGACUAAACCUCCCGAGUGCCGGUACCCGUGUACGAGGCGCCGGCCGUGUGGCCAUCCUGGCGUCCAGCAUCAGUGUCACCAGGACGACAUGCCGUGUCCCAAAUGUCCCUUUCUCGUGGAGAGGCCUUGUGUGUGCGGCAAGAAGAUGCUAAAGAACCAGCCGUGCUGGUUUGAAGAAGGGAGCUGUGGUCUCCCAUGCGGGAAGAAACUUAAGUGCGGCGCCCACGAGUGCCGAAAGCCAUGCCACAAGCCUGGCGAGUGCGAGGAUGUCGACGUUCCCGGCACCCACUGCUCACAGCCCUGUGGCAAGAAGCGCAAGUCGUGCGAUCACGCUUGCGCUGAGCAAUGCCAUGCGCCGUUCCCUUGCAAGGAGGACAAGCCGUGCCAGUCUAAGACGUUCAUUACGUGCCCGUGUCAGCAUCGCAAGCAGGAAGUGCGGUGCAACGCGACCAUGCUGAACCCUUGGCCGACUCGGGAGUCAAUGCUCAAGUGCGAUGACGAGUGUUUGCUGUUGCAGCGAAACCGCAAGCUCCAGGAGGCACUUAACAUCGAUCCCAAUCACACCGACGAUCACAUCCCGUAUUCUGACACCACGUUGAAGCUGUUUCGCGAUAACAUCACCUGGGCGCAGGAAAGGGAAAGGGAGUUUAAGUUAUUUGCCGCAUCAGACGAGAAGCGGAUGCGCUUCAAGCCCAUGCCCGCUCAUCAGCGUGCCUUCUUGCAUGCCCUGGCUGAGGACUACGGUUUUGACCACGAGAGCCAGGACCCUGAGCCGCAUCGCCACGUUUGUAUCUUUAAGACACCAAAGUUCGUCUCGGCUCCCAGGAAGUCACUGGCCCAGUGCCUGCGCAUCGCGAAGCAGGCAUCAACUCUAGCCGCUUCGGCCUCGUCCCUACGCUCUGGAGCCGCCGCAGCCGGCCCCAAGCCGAACGAUGUCCAACCCUUCAACGCCAUCCUCCUCGCCUCUCCCCGCUUCGGCCUAACCAUCGACGAGCUCGACAAGGCUCUCUCCACUGCCCUCUCGUCCCCCUCCCGCCCCUCCAGCCUAACCUUCACAAUCCACUUUCUCCCCUCUGACGAAAUAGUCAUCAAAGCCUCGCCAAUCUUCACCGCAGCCUCCAUCGCCAACGCCUCAACAACUCCGCAAGCCAUCGAGUCCGCCCUGACGGCACUCAAACCAUCCAUCACACGCACUGUCACACGCGAGGGUUUCGCCUCGACGGUCCUGCUCUGCCACGUCGUUGACGUCGAUGGCGUCCUGACCAUUUCUCGGCGUGAAGGGGAUGAUGGGAGAAGAAAGAAGGUUGAUGCAGGUGGCUGGAGUGCGGUAGUCAGUCGCGGGUCAUGGAGGAGGGCUGCGGCGGCGGCGAAUGCGGCUGCUGCGGAGAAGGAGAAGGAGAAGGAGCAGGGUUCGUCAGGGAAGGGGUUUGUGGCGUUGAGGAAGACGGUUAAGAAGGUUGAGCCGGUUGUGCCGAUUAAGAAAUUUGAGGAAGAGGUGGAGGAGGAUUGGGAGGUGGCUGCGGACAGGAUGGUUGGGGAGGAUGAAGGGAGUCAGGAGAAGGCAAAGGGUGAGGAUGAUGAUGUUACAGAUAGGGGAAUCUUGGACGAGGAGAAGAUCCAGGAUGGUGAGAGCAAUAAGCGGGAGGAAGACAUCACGCCCAAAGGCGACGGAGAGAAGAAGUCGGACGUAGCGCUGGAAAGUACGGGUUCAUCGUCAUCAUCAUCAUCAUCGUCGUCGUCGUCAUCACCACCCCUGCAGGACGAUGGCUCAGCACAGGCCGGUGCUGCUGCUGCCCCUAGUGGUAGUGGCAACAAUGAGUUCUCUUUCUCAGCUUAA